CAGUCUAAAACGAAACUGUUCACAAUAAACAUGAAAUUAAAAAGCGUGUUGUAGGAGUGACCCAAAAGGAAUGUGAUUCUCCUCCAGGACAUGCAGAGACCCGGGAAUGAACUAUUUCUAGAUUCUUGCUCCAGCCUUUCCUAAGAGUCAGAAUGUGCAAAAGGCGCAUAAGUGUGGGCCAGCAAACCUGGGCUCUUCUUUGCAAGAACUUUCUUAAAAAAUGGAGGAUGAAAAGAGAGACCUUUCUGGAAUGGUUUUUCUCAUUUCUUCUAGUAUUGUUUGCAUACCUAUUUUUCUCUAAUUUACAUCAAGUUAAUGACUUUCCUCAAUUGCCUGCAAAGGAUCUGGGACGUGUAGAUAAUUUCAAUGAUUCUAAUUAUGUCAUUGCAUUUACACCGGAAUCCCAAACAACCCAAGAGAUAAUGAACAAAGUGGCUUCAGCCCCAUUCAUGAAAGGAAGAACAAUCAUGGGAUGGCCUGAUGAAAAAAGCAUGGAUGAAUUGGACUUGAACUAUUCUAUAGAUGCAGUGAGAGUUAUUUUUAAUGAUACUUUUUCUUACCACUUGAAGUUUUCCUGGGGAGGAAGAAUUCCUGAGAUGAAGGAACACAGAGACCAUUCAGCUCAUUGUCAAGCCAUGGAUGAAAAACUCAUGUGUGAAGCUUCAGUGUUCUGGGUGAAAGGCUUUGUAGCUUUUCAGGCUGCCAUUAACGCUGCUAUUAUAGAAAUCACAACAAAUCACUCAGUGAUGGAAGAACUGAUGUCAGUCACUGGUAUAAAUAUGAAGAUGUUACCUUUUGUUGCCCAAGCGGGACUGGGGACUGAUGUUUUCAUCUUUCUCUGCAUUAUCUCCUUCUCUGCUUUCAUCUACUAUGUAUCAGUUAACGUUACACAAGAAAGGCAAUACAUGAAGUCACUAAUGACAAUGAUGGGACUUCAAGAAUCAGCAUUCUGGCUCUCCUGGGGGUUGAUGUAUGCUGGCUUCGUCUGUAUCAUGGCCACUUUGAUGGCGCUUGUGGUAAAAUCUGCCCACGUGGUUGUUCUGACUGGCUUCACGGUAGUCUUCAUCCUUUUUCUCCUCUACGGGCUCUCUUUGAUAACUUUAGCUUUCCUGAUGAGUGUGUUGGUAAAGAAGCCCUUCCUCACGGGGCUGGUGGUUUUUCUCCUGACUGUCUUUUGGGGGACUCUGGGAUUCACGGCGUUAUACAGACACCUCCCUGCUUUUUGGGAAUGGACCUUAUGUCUCCUUAGCCCCUUUGCUUUCACUUCUGGAAUGGCACAGCUGAUACACUUGGACUAUGAUGUGAAUUCUAAUGAGCAUCUGGAUCCUUCUAGCAACCCAUACUUAAUAAUAGCUACUCUCUUCAUGUUGAUUUUUGAUGCUCUUCUCUACUUGGUCCUGGCAUUGUACUUUGACAAAAUUUUGCCCACUGAGUAUGGACGGCAGCAGUCCCCCUGGUUCUUCCUGAAGUCUUCAUUUUGGUUUCAGCACCAAAGAGUUGAUCACAUGGUCCUUGAGAACGAAACAGAUUCAGAGUCUGCAUCUAAUGACUCUUUUGAACCAGUGUCUCCAGAAUUCCAUGGAAAGGAAGCCAUCAGAAUAAAAAAUCUAAAGAAAGAGUAUGAAAAGGGAAAGCAUGAAAAAGUAGAAGCUUUGAAAGGUCUGAUAUUGGACAUAUAUGAAGGCCAGAUCACAGCCCUGCUUGGUCAUAGUGGGGCUGGGAAAACGACCCUGUUGAACACACUCAGUGGACUCUCCGUUCCCACCUCAGGUUCAGUCACGAUCUAUAAUAACAAGCUUUCCGAAAAGGCUGACCUAGCAGCUGUCAGCAAGCUCACUGGUGUUUGUCCACAAUCCAAUGUGCAAUUCGGCUUCCUCACAGUGAGGGAAAAUCUCAGGCUGUUUGCUAAAAUCAAAGGGAUUCAACCCCAUGAAGUGGAGCAAGAGGUACAGCAAGUAUUACAAGACUUAGAGAUGGAAAAUAUCCAAGACAUUCUUGCUCAAAAUUUAAGUGGUGGACAAAAAAGAAAAUUGACAUUUGGGAUUGCCAUUUUAGGAGAUCCUCAGGUUUUGCUAUUGGAUGAACCAACUGCUGGAUCAGAUCCGCUUUCAAGGCACAGAGUUUGGAACCUCUUAAAAGAGAGAAAAGCAAACAGGGUCAUUCUCUUCAGUACCCAGUUCAUGGAUGAGGCUGAUAUCCUGGCUGACAGGAAGGUAUUCAUAUCUAAUGGAAAGCUGAAGUGUGCCGGUUCUUCUCUAUUCCUGAAGAAGAAAUGGGGCAUCGGCUACCACUUAAGUUUGCACCUGAAUGAAAUGUGUGAUCCGGACAACAUAACAUCGCUUGUAAAACAGCAUAUCCCGGAGGCCAAAUUAACAGCACAAAGUGAAGAAAAGCUUGUGUACAUUUUGCCUUUGGAAAGGACAAACAAAUUUCCAGACCUUUACAGAGAUCUUGAUAGAUGUUCUAACCAGGGCAUUGAGAAUUAUGGGGUUUCCAUGACAACGUUGAAUGAAGUGUUCUUGAAAUUAGAAGGAAAAUCAGCUAUUGAUGAAUCAGAUACUGGAAAUUGGAGACAGUUACAGGGUGAUAGGACAAAAGACACAGGAAGUCUUGUUGAACUGGAACAAGUUUUGUCUUCCUUUAAUGACACUAAGAAAGCAAUCACUGGCAUGUCUCUCUGGAAGCAACAGCUGUGUGCGAUAGCAAAAGUCCGCUUUCUAAAGUUAAAAAAUGAAAAAAAAACCCUGUUGACCAUGUUAUUGCUGUUUGGCAUUAGCUUUUGUCCUCAACUUUUGGAACAUCUAUUCUAUGAGAUUUACCGAAAAAGUUAUUCUUGGGAACUGUCUCCUAAAAUGUACUUCCUUUCACUGGGACAACCACCUCAAGCUCCUCUGACCCGCUUACUAGUCAUCAAUAAAACAGAGUCAAACAUUGACAACUUUAUACAUUCACUAAGAAGACAGAACAUAGCUUUGGAAGUGGAUGCCUUUGGAACUAGAAACGGUCCAAACGAGUCUUCGUACAAUGGUGUCAUCACUGUAUCUGGUGGUGAAAAGGGUCUCAGAUUUUCGAUCGCAUGUAAUACUAAAAGACUGAACUGUUUUCCUGUCCUCAUGGAUGUCAUUAGCAAUGGGAUUCUUGGAAUUUUUAAUUCUUCAGAACAUAUACAGACAGACAGAAGCACAUAUUUUGAAGAGCAUAUGUCUUACGAAAAUGGGUACCUGAGCAAUGUCUUCUUCUGGAUCCCGGUAGCAGCCUGCUUCACCCCCUACAUUGCAAUGAGCAGCAUCAGCGACUACAAAAGCAAAGCUCACUCCCAGCUAUGGAUUUCAGGCCUCUACCCUUCAGCUUAUUGGUUUGGGCAAGCGCUGAUAGAUAUUCCAUUGUACUUCUCCAUCCUUCUUCUAAUGCAAAUCAUGGAUUAUGUUUUCAGCCCAGAUGAGAUUAUAUUUAUAAUCCAAAACCUGUUAAUUCAGAUCCUGUGCAGUAUUGGAUAUGUCUCAUCUCUUAUUUUCUUGACAUAUGUGAUUUCAUUCAUUUUUCGUAAUGGAAGAAAAAAUAGUGGCAUUUGGUCAUUUUUCUUCUUAAUUGUCACCAUCUUCUCAAUAGUUGCUAUUGAUAUAAAUGAAUUCAGAUUUAUAGGAUUAGUUCUCUGCACCAUAUUGAUACCGCCCUUUACGUUGAUUGGCUCUCUAUUCAUUUAUUCUGAGAUUUCUCCUGACUCUGUGGACUAUUUAGGAGAUUCAGAAGAUGAAAUUGUAUUCCUCGCAUUGCUAAUCCCUUAUCUCCAUUUUUUCAUUUUCCUUUUUGUUCUACGAUGCCUGGAAAUGAACUUUAGGAAGAAAUCAAUGAGAAAGGAUCCUGUGUUCAGAAUUUCUCCAAGAGGCAAUGAUGUUUUUCCAAACCCAGAUGAACUCGAAGGAGAGGAUGAAGACGUUCAAACAGAAAGGGCAAGAACAGCAAAUGCUGUGAUCGUGCCAGAUCUGGACGAGAAACCUGUCAUCAUUGCCAGCUGCCUGCGGAAGGAAUACACAGGCAAAAAGAAAGCCUGCUUGGCCAAGAGGAAGAAAAAAGUGGCCCUCAGAAAUGUCUCCUUCUGUGUGAAAAAAGGUGAAGUGGUUGGUCUUUUAGGACACAACGGAGCUGGUAAGAGCACAACUAUUAAGAUGAUAACAGGAGCCACAAAACCAACUGCAGGGCAGGUGAUUUUGAAAGGGAGCAGUGGAGAGGCCCCCCUGGAGUUCCUGGGGUACUGCCCUCAGGAGAACGUGCUGUGGCCCAACCUGACGGUGAAGGAGCACCUGGAGGUGUUUGCCGCGGUGAAGGGGCUGAGCAAAGGGGAUGCGGCCGUCACCAUCCCAAGGUUGGUGGACGCGCUCAAGCUGCAGGACCAGCUGAAGCUUCCCGUGAAGUCCCUGUCGGAAGGAAUCAAGAGGAAGCUGUGCUUCACGCUGAGCAUCCUGGGAAGCCCGUCCGUGGUGCUUCUGGAUGAGCCGUCCACAGGCAUGGACCCCGAGGGGCAGCUGCAAAUAUGGCAAGCCGUGCGAGCCACGUUCAGAAACACAGACCGGGGCGCCCUCCUGACUACCCAGUACAUGGCUGAGGCUGAGGCCGUGUGUGACCGUGUGGCCGUGAUGGUGUCAGGAAAACUGAGAUGCAUCGGUUCCAUCCAACAUCUGAAGAGCAAAUUUGGCAAAGAUUACCUGUUGGAGAUGAAGGUGAGAAGCCCCGAGCAAGGGCGGGCUCUCCACACAGAGAUUCUGAGACUUUUCCCCCAGGCUGCGCGGCAGGAGAGGUACUCCUCACUGGUGGUCUACAAGGUACCUAUUGAAGAUGUUCAACCUUUAUCGCAGGCUUUCUUCAAACUAGAGAUAGUGAAGCAGAGCUUUGACCUGGAGGAGUACAGCCUCUCACAGUCCACCCUGGAGCAGGUGUUCCUGGAGCUUUCCAAAGAGCAGGAACUGGAUGACUUUGAUGAGGAACUUCACCCCUCCGUGAGGUGGAAGCUACUCCCGAAGGAAGAGCUUUGAAGCUGUGUUUCUCUAUACUCAUGAGUAUACCAAGUACUGAGAGUGGCUGCGAAACUCUAGUGAAACUCACGCCAUUAUUUUUCUCGUUAUCAGAGAGUCGGGCUAAGGAGGAAGGGAAAUGAGAGCAAUGGCGGUCAGGUGGUCUCAUGCCAGCAAGCCAAUCCCCUCUGCCCUGCAGUAGUCCACAAACAUGCAUUUACUAUAGAAGCGGUUAUGUUUCAAGAAUGAGACGAGCUUGUUUAUUGUCUUUCCUCUGGACAUCAGAAGGUUGAAUAUUUUAUUACCUUUUGUAUUAGGUGAAGUACAAAGUCAAAUAUACCACUGACUUUAGAGAAAAAAGGAAUCGAUUGACGACACAGCAAGGCAGCAUUCGCUUUUUUUGUGAUUUACUAAUUUUCCUUUUUUGUCAUGUUUUAGGUCUUAGACUGUAGAGUUCAUGUUUUAUCUGUUGUGACUAUAAAGGAAACCUGUGAAAUAAAGAACUGUAGUAAGAAUUUGAAUGGUCAAAUUGAUAAAAAUUUUUAAAUGGACCUUUAUGUGCAAUUUUGAAAUGUGGUUCUGAUAUUAUUGGAUGAGAAAUGC